AUGGUACAACCAAAAGUUAGAGGUAGAAGGGCUGAAAAAAAGUCAAAGGAGGUUAAUACUCAGCCAGAGGAUUAUAGUCCCAAUGACAGAAGUGAACUCGAAGAAAAUGACGAUAAAGUUGAACUGAACCCUGCUCUUAAGACGACCUUUUUUGGUUUAGUUGACUCGAAUGAAAUUGACUAUUUCAAGCAAGCGGAAUCUACUUUAAAUGUUAAUGCAUUUGAUAAUGAUGAAGAGCGUGAAGGAUUUAUUAGAUCUGUAUUGGAAGAAGCUCGUGGAAAGGAAUUAAAGCUUGUCACUAACCAGAUCUGUUCCAAGUUAAUGGAAAGAUUAGUAUUGUUUGCGACUGAUAGACAAUUAAAGAAUAUCUUCAGACAAUUUUCUGGACACUUUGUUGCAUUAGCACAUCAUAAAUAUUCGUCGCAUGUUUUAGAGACAUUAUUAGUCAGAGCAGCUGCAUUGAUCGAAAAAGAAUUAGUUAAUGAUUUUAAGCAAGAUGAAGGUGAAGUUGAUGAUGAGAUAAGCCAAGACAACGACAGGGAAGAUGAAGCUGUUGUAUCUAUGGAAACAUUAUUUGUUAAAAUGUUGGAUGAAUUUAAUCCACACUUGAAGACCAUGGUUGAUCAUCAAUAUUCGUCUCAUGUUUUAAGAUUGUUAAUCUUGAUUAUUGCAGGUAAAGAGUUGCCUUCCACAACAACAUCAAAUUCCACUUUACGUUCCAAAAAGUCUAAGAUUGCAAGAAAAAUGAUUGAGAUUAAGGAUAAUGAUGACUUUAAUAGGUCAUUUCAAACUCCACCUUCGUUCAAAGAUCAAUUAAGAAAACUUUGUAAUAGUCUUGGUUCUAAGGGAGAUAUGAAACACAUGAGAGAAUUGGCGAUUAAUAAGGUCGCCUCCCCUGUUUUGCAAUUGCUUAUUCAAGUUGAAGGUAUAGUAGAUAAAGAGAGAACGUUCUGGCAUUUAAUAUUUUUGAGUGAAAAUUCGGAUAAAAACCCUCAAGAGGAAGCAUUCGUUGAAUAUUUGCUUUCAGAUUCAGUAGGUUCACAUUUCUUAGAAUCUGUUAUUAGAAAUGGUGGUGCAAGAAUGAAAUACAUUGAAAGAUUAUACAAGUUAUAUAUGAAAGACAGAGUUUUGAAGUUAUCCAAGAGAUCAACCACAGGUGUAUUUAUUAUUCAAGCAUUAUUAUUCAAGUUAAAACCCGCCGAAGUUUUAUUUAUCUUGGAUCAAAUAAUUCCAGAAUUGGCCAGUUUAAUUUCAAUUGAUGAAAAUCAAAAUCUAGAAUUAGGUAAGAAUAUUAUUGAUGCUUCCAUUAGCAGAGAUAAUUAUAGAAGAGAAGAACUUAUUGAGCAGUUAUUUGUAAAAUUUGCUCCUAAUUAUGACAGACAUAAUCCAAGCGCUGAUACAUCUUCAGAAUUUUUGGAGAAUACUUUACAUUUAACUGGUUCUACAUUAGGUAAUACAAGAGAUGAUUGGCCAACAGCACAAGAAAGAAGAAGAUCAUUAUUUUUAGAAAAAUUGAUGGAAUACGAUCAUUCAUUUGUUGUCUGUACUUGGUUAAACUUUUUAGCUUUGCCAAUUGCUAGGUUUAUUCAAAUGUGUUACCAUGGGGUCUUUUCUCAUGUGGUUGAAAAUUCAUUAGUAGUUAUCCCAGCAUCAGAAGGAGAACCAAAAAGUGUUCUUAUUAUCAGAAAAAGGUUUUUGAAUUUAUUCCAGAAUGAAAUUGUGAACUUGGCCUGUAAUUCGUAUGGCUCCCAUAUAGUCGACAGACUUUGGAAUUUCACUGUAUUACUUAACAUGUAUAAGGAUAGAAUUGGAUCAGAGUUAGCUUCAGAAUCGCAUAAAGUAAAAGAAAGUACUUAUGGUAGAUUGGUUUGGAAGAAUUGGUCUAUGGAAUUAUUUGUCAGAAAGAAAUUUGACUGGAAGCUGUUGGUUAAAAAUCAGGAAGAAGAAUACUUUGGCGUAGGUUCACACGAAGGUCAAAAUAGUACUGAAAGAGUGAAAAAGCCUAUUGAAUUAAAAUUUGAGCAAAUGAUGAAAGAAAAGCAAAUGAAGGAGGAGAGAGCACAGAAAGCUGAAGAAGGUUUUAAUAAACGUAAGAACAAUGAGUUUGAAUAUGGAUAUGACAACGAUAAUAAGAAGGCAAAGAUAAGAGGCCGUAACCGUUAG